GUAGCCUUACAGAGCCCUUGUUUUAUAGAUGGGGUCAGUGACACCUAAACCCUAAUUGAAAGCUACACAGAAGCAACAGCAAAUAAACUAUAGAAAACAUCACGUCCAGUUGAAAAGUUGCUUAGAAUUAGCCAUUGUGUAACAUAGUAAAAGUGAACUGAAAGGCAAAGCGCCCAUUGAAGUCCCUUAGGGCAGACAGAGUUGGUGAAGGAUCUUGAAUCUGCUCCUUGGCUACACACACAGCAGGGGUGAUACAGCUGAAGCCCCUCUAAGACUGGGAGCCAACAACGGCAUUUAGGGCCCCAUAAACCAUGGCAACGAGACAUGUGUCACCAGCGAUCACACUCGCUUCCUCCUGCCCAUCCCCCGUCAGGACAGAGCGCACGCUCGAAGCCGCUCGGAGAUGACCUCAUCUCUGGUGGGAUGACGUCAAAUUCAAGAUGGAUGGAAUCACAGCGGCGGCCGCACAACGGCGACUUAGCGAAUAAACCCGAGAGGCGGCGGAACAAGACGAGAACGCUACGAAACAAUUAAGCUGUGAGGUACGGAGGGCGCAUCCAGGCAAUGUUUCUACGGGCUUUUGGCUCUGCACAAACGACCCCAUCGAUUGUAACUCAGGGUUGGUUUACCCGCAUUUUUCUUAGCUUUCCUAAGCCCCUGCUGAACUAUAUCCUCCUUCAAGAACAAGCAGCCACCUUGCACCCCUUAUACAACCGCUUACUGCGCAUGCGUCAAUGUGCUGAGCAUAGCGAGCGCCUCUGGCGGGAGAUGGCCACGUGAGCCUCUCUUCGGGCAGCUAUUGGCUACCUGCAACAACUUUCUUGCUACGUCCCUUGUGCCAGUUCUGGAGCGAUCAUUGUGGUGACGUGAUCGCUUAACCCAUUAAACCAGCUUAAAGCAGCUACUUCCUCGGAAUAGUCUCGAACCUUCUCACACUUAUUAUAGCGCUAUAUAAAUCUUAGAGCAACCCAUGUGUCCGUCUGUCUGUUUUUUUGUUCAUGACGUGCUGCGUCUCGCGAGAUGAAAACAUGACGUCAGGAUUAUCUGUCAGGCAGGAGCCCAGGAGAUGGACUGUAAUAGUUUUGCUGAGAACGUCUGCAGUGUGUGGCCGAUACAUCUGAAAAAAUGGAAGGACUCAUGCAUUACAUAAAUCCGGAGCAUGCAAGCUGCAUGCUAAAUGCUUUAAAUGAAGAACGUCUGAAAGAACAAUUUUGUGAUGUUCUUCUAAUUGUUGGGGACCAGAAAUUCCGUGCUCACAAAAAUAUAUUGGCUGCUACCAGUGAAUACUUCCAAAGUCUGUUUAAUGAAACGAAUAAUGAAUCCCAAAUGGUCUUUCAGCUCGAUUUUUGCGAAGCAGAUGCAUUUGAAAGUGUUUUAAACUACAUAUAUUCCUCAUCAAUACUUGUGGAGAAGAGCAGUCUUGCAAUUGUUCAGGAACUGGGUUAUAGUCUGGGAAUCAAUUUCCUGACAAAUAUACUUUCCAAAACACCACAAACACCCUUUUCUUCCUUUGCAAAUGCUGAUUUUAAAGAAGAUGAUGAAAAAAGAAGUGUUAUUGUUUGUCAGAGCCGACUUGAGGCUCAAGAUAGAGACAUUAGUCAUGUACAGCAUGCCAAAAGCCAUCCUUUAAAACCUUCAUUAUUGCCUCAAGGGAAGACACAUGGAAAUAGGCAGCACUUGAGGUUAUCAGAACCACCAAACUGUUUGCUGGCUGAAAGAAAAUGGCGUAACUCUUAUGCCUCAGAUGAUCAAGGUAUAAGCAGACGGGUAAAAAGAAAAUCCACUUUGCCUCAAAAAUCCUCUCCCAAACUAGAAAGUGGAUGUUUGUUGGGAAAUACACCCGAAAUAUUUGAGAAGCAAACGUUGGCACCAGUUCCAUCUUCUUACUCCUCCUCAGAAUAUCCAUAUUCCGGUUUAGUAAGAAAAAAGGAAAGUGUUCCAGUUAAAGAGGAAGAAGAAGAAAGUGUUGUAUAUUACUCUAAGCUUGAACUAACUUCAGUUGGGUCAACAAAUAAAAACACUGACCAUAGUGGGCCACUUGUCAAAAGUCUUCUCCAAAGGUCUUUAUCAAUGGAUAGUCAAGUCCCGGCAUAUUCACAUUCUGCAGAAUUUCAAUCUUUAGAUGGAACAUCAGCAAUGAUUGAUAACUCUAAUAAGGCGAUGGCAAGUACAGGAUUCCAGAGCCAAUCAAAAACAGGGACAACCCUAGAUUCUAUAGACAAAGAAAAUUUAAAAAUCUCCUUUGUAUCGUCUAAGCCACAUUCCAGGGAGUCAAUACCAGAAAAGGAUGUUCAUAUAAAGAAAGAACUUGGUAGCCCUCCUUCGGAAUCAAGUGAGAUAUUUAGGGUUACAGUGGGAGAUGCUUCGCCACCUUCAAAUAGACAAGUUCCUGUUAAAGGGAAUGACAUUCCAAAUAUAAUUAAAAUGCCAAUUAAAAGAAAACUUCAAGCUGAUAGACGUAUGCUGCCAUCUAGAAGAGUAAAAAUGAAAGCUGAGGAUUCCCCUGACCAAGAUAAUUCUCUUGGAGAAGGAUCUUUGAUUUUAGAUGCCGACUCUUCAGAUUCAGAAAGCAGCAAAGAGCUUUAUGGUGAAGGGAGUGAAAGAAGACAAAAUAAAAAGUUUAAGUGUAAACAUUGCCUUAAAAUAUUUCGGUCAACUGCAGGACUUAACCGACAUGUAAACAUGUACCAUAACCCGGAAAAACCGUAUGCCUGUGACAUUUGUCAUAAAAGGUUUCACACAAACUUUAAAGUAUGGACACACUGCCAGACUCAGCAUGGCAUUGUUAGGAAUCCAUCUCCUGCAUCAAGUGGUAGCACUGUAUUGGAUGACAAAUUUCAACGAAAAUUAAUUGACAUGGUAAGAGAAAGAGAGAUUAAAAAAGCACUUUUAUUUAGGUUAAGGCGUGGAAAACAGGGCUUUCAAGGAUCUUCAAGUAGUCAAGCACAAGCCCUACGAAGAAGUUUACGGACAAGAUCAAAAAGCUCUUACAUAUGUAAUCAUUGUGGCAAAUCUUACCGCUUUCUCUCUCAGUUUAAACAGCACUGCAAGAUGCACCCAGGGGAAAAAAAUCCAUUUGAGAGCAAGCCAAAUAAGCACAAAGAGCCUUCUCCUCCAAAGAGCCCAGAGGAAAACCAAGAGUUCAACUGCCGGCUCUGCAAUGCCAAGUUUCCAUCUUUUGUGGAGCAAGGUAACCAUGAGCGGAUGUGUAGAAAUGCAACACUGUGCCCUUAUUGUAGUCUUCGUUUUGCUUCGCCAGAUCUAAAAAAUGAACAUGAAAGGAAAUGUGAGUACAAGAAGCUUACAUGUCUUGAGUGUAUGCGUACAUUUAAGUCUUCUUUCAGUAUCUGGCGACAUCAGGUGGAAGUUCAUAACCAAAACACUAUGGCUCCAACAGAGAACUUAUCCUUGCCGUUGAUCGAUCACAAUGGAGAAGUAAGGGAUGCAUCAAGGAUGAGAUCGUUGGCAGAGUCAAGCCAAGUCAAUAGCUUUCUUGCAUCGAAAGAAGAUGAAAUUUACAGUGAUUCAUCGGACCAUAUGACCUUCGAUUCUGAGGACUCCAAUUGUCUGCCUGAGGAUCUUAGCCUUUCAAAGCAGUUCAUUGGACAGGUCAAAGAAGAACCUGCAGAUGACAUGGAAGAUGACAGUGAAUCAAACUAUGGUCACAAAGAAGAGCUCUCUGAUUCUGAAAGGGGAGUGUGGGCUUGUGAGAAAUGUGGAAAGAUUUUCACCGUGCAUAAGCAGCUGGAGCGGCACCAGGAGCUGCUGUGUUCUGUGAAACCAUUCAUUUGUCAUGUAUGCAACAAAGCAUUCCGAACCAACUUCCGCUUGUGGAGUCAUUUUCAGUCCCAUAUGUCGCAUGGAGCAGACUCUCCUUUGAAAGAACCUGAAAUUAGUGCUCCUGUAAGCUCCCCAUCACCACCACCUCCUGCACCACCACCUUCUCCUCCCCCACCUAAACUUCAACCUGCAAUACAGGGCAGCCAUGCAACAUCCCCCGAUAAAAUCGCUCCUCCAAAAAUGUUUGCUCCUCAAGAGUCAGACACUCUCUUUUAUCAUGCUCCCCCCCUUUCAGCCAUCACUUUUAAAAGGCAGUUCAUGUGUAAACUUUGUCAUAGGACAUUCAAGACUGCUUUCAGCUUGUGGAGUCAUGAGCAGACACACAAUUAAAAUUCUUUGAACACUGGUCCUAAAUGAAUACAUUUGAAUUUCUUAUUACCACUUAGAAAAAAUAGCCUCUGAAGAUCUUGACAUCUGACCAAUUUCUCUUGGUGUUAGAUAAAUCAGAUGAUGUUCACGCAGUCUAAUAGGUUGUUGGUUAAGCUGUUAAUAAUCAAUAUGUUUUUUUCCCACAUGUGCAAGAAUUCCUGUCCUUUUCUUUUCCUUUUUUUUAUAUUGUUCUUUUCCCCCUUAGAAUUGGAGCUGUGUACAGACUUGAAAAUAUUACACAUCCAUGUGAAUGCCCUGCUAAAAAGGGGAUGAAAAUUCCAAAAUAAACUUUGGCCUAAUGAAA